AUGAAGUACUUAGCUGCAUACUUAUUAUUGGUUCAAGGUGGUAACGCUUCUCCAUCUGCCGCUGACAUCAAACAAGUUAUUGAAUCUGUCGGUGUUGAAGCUGAAGAUUCCAGAAUUAACGAAUUGUUGACCUCUUUGGAAGGUAAGGGUUCCUUAGAUGAAAUCAUUGCUGAAGGUUCCAAGAAAUUCGCUUCUGUUCCAGCUGGUGGUGCCGCUGUCGGUGGUUCCUCUGCUGCUGCUGCUGCCGGUGCUUCUGGUGAAGCUGCCGCUGAAGAAAAGGAAGAAGAAGCUAAGGAAGAAUCCGAUGAUGACAUGGGUUUCGGUUUAUUCGAUUAA